AUGUACGACCCGUACGGCAGCGCACAGCGGCCGGAGCAGCCGUACUACUACCCGCAGGGCCAACAACAACAACAACAGCAACAACAGCAGCAGCCAACGCAGGCGGUUCCUUCCUUAACAUCAUUGCCGCAAUACACACACCCGCAGUACGGCGCCGCCCCCCCUCCGGAGGCAACAGCAACGGCGGAUGCUGCCCUCGUGAGCAAUAGGGCCGCAAUGCAUCCCCAAUAUCAUGAUCCUUACGUAUCCGCCCCAAUGAACGGGGUGCAGGACCAUAGCAACUACUAUCCCGUUCCCAACUACGCACAACAACCACAGCCGUCGCCGCUGAUGCCUUCUCAGCACCAGAUACAGCUGCAGCAACAACAGACUGCUGGAGCCACCGCUGCGUCUGUUCCAGCAAUGCCUUUUACAGGCGCUGCCCCUGCGGUGAGUUCUCGGGCCGAUGCUGGCGGGUCGAGACUCCCGACGGCGCAGCAGGUGGAACAGACGCAGCAGCAGCGCCCUACGGUAGGAUGCUUUUCUCCCACCCAUAGUUCCAGCCAACGGGAGCAAUGCGCCUCACCCAUUGGAAAGUGCGCGCGACCGCCGCCGAAACGCAGCGUGGAUCUAAAAAGUGCUCCCAACCCCCGCCGCGACAUCUCGCAAAAGCUCAGAACUGAGGAGAUUCAUACAUCUUCGGGGCAGCUACCGCUAAGCGCUACAGGGUUUAUCGCUGUCGAUGACGGCAAUGCGAAUCCAAAGUUUUUUCGCCCCACCACAAACUCCAUUCCCGCCGAAGAACGUCUUGUGAAGGAUAGCAAUGUGUUUUUCGGCGCCGUGUUGGCCCCACUCUGUCGACCCCUGCAUCCACGCGAGGAGGUGCCGCUUGUGGAGGGCCGGCCGCCGGUGCGAUGCUAUCGCUGUCGCGCCUACAUCUCGUGUCACGUACGCUUUACGGACAUGGGCCGUUAUUGGCUUUGCCCCUUCUGCACCAUGUCGAACGAGGUGGGGAGCGAGGAUUUUUGUAACCUGGACGCUCGUGGUCAGCGGCUAGAUCGGGAGGAGCGGCCGGAGUUGAGCCGCGGUAGCGUGGAGUACGACGUGGGACCCUACGAGGAGUACGCUCUUCGUGACGAGAAGGACGCCCCGAUUGCGGUGCGACCGUUGCACUAUUUGUUCCUCCUGGACGUCUCGCAAAAGGCUAUCGCCAAGUUUCUCCCGGACUACGUGGAUGCCUUAAUGCGUUCGCUGCAUGAGAUGGCCGAGUACUACCCUCAGUGCCGUGUAGCCUUCAUUACGUACGCGGCUACGCUACACUUUUACAACGUGCGUCACCCCCGUAUUCCGCAGUUGAUUGUUGCCGACGUCGACAACCCAUUUGUCCCGCUACCGUUUACCAGCCUCUGUUGGCUGACGCUGGGUACUGACCUCGACCUUGUGGAUGCCUUCCUGAUGCGUGUAUUGGAGUACGCUGAGGACCUUAUGGAAUCAGACUGCGUCAUGGGAGCCGCCGUCCAGGUUGCCACGCUGGUGCUUGCGGGGCAGCACGGCGGCCGUGUCAUUCUGUGCGGACACAAGGCACCACAGCGCGGCGUUGGCGCACUGAAGUUGCGAGAGCAACAUCUCUUAUACGGCACAGAUAAGGAGAAGGAAUUGCUGCGGCCCAUGGAAGGGUUUUGGAGGACAACUGCCACUGCCUGUGCGAAGCAACAGAUCUCUUUUGAUCUACACAUGUUCGCGGAUGAGUACUGUGAAUUGGCUACCAUCUCGCAGCCGUGCCAUGUCUCCAGUGGCCGUGUGCACCUCUUCGCCAACUACGAUCGCGAGACGGACGCCACGAAGGUGCAGGCCGCACUCAACCAGGCACUGCUGGAGGAGGCCGGGUACGCCGGCAUAUUGCGUGUUCGCUGCAGUUCCGGGAUUCGCGUGCAGGCCUACCGUGGCCAUUUUAUGUCGCAGGACCCACACGACAUGGAUCUCGCCCACGUGCAGGGCUCCUCCACCUUCUUUGUAGAGUUUGCACAUGAGGGAAAGCUGGAGAAAACGUCUCACGCCUACUUUCAGGUGGCGUUGCUGUACACCACCCGUGGCGGGCAGAGGCGAGUGCGAGUGCACUCCGUCCGCAUGCCGGUAGUCACAACCCUCUCGGGCGUGUUUGAAGCGGACUUGGAGGCAACGCUGAUGGGCUACAUCCACGAGGCGAUUGGGAACUCCGUGAAUAAGGGGCUACAGUACGCCCGCAACGCCGCACAGGACCGUGUACUGAAGAUGCUCAUUGCCUACCGCCGGGUGUGCACGUCCAACGUCACUUCCUCGCUGCUGAUGCCAUCGCGUCUGCGGCUGAUUCCGUUGUUUGUGCUUUCGUUACUGAAGGCGGACGCGCUUGUGGAGGGCACCACUGUGCCCAUUGACGACCGCGUGCAGAAACUGUUCCUGCUCAUGACGCUUCCCAUGCAUCAGUGCGUGGCGUACAUGUACCCCACGUUGUACGCUGUUCACCACCUCCCGUCUGAUCCCAAGAGCGGCGUGCUGGAUCCGGAGACGGGCCGCUGCGUGAUGCCGACCUGGCAGCAGCUCAUCUUCGACAGCAUUACCAACGACGGCGUCUACGUGCUGUGCGACGAGCAGGCACGAAUUGUGUACCUGUGGGUAGGCUCCGCUGUUGCACCGGAUGUGGCACUUGAGCUCUUCGGCACUAUGAAUGCCUUGGACGUUGGCCGCACCGUGUUCUUUAACGACUUUGGGGAGAAGCUCAAGAACGUGCUGUACGCCUGUCUUCUUCGGGAUGAUGGCAUGCGGCGUUUUGUGAUCCUCCAAGAGAAGGAGCGCGCCGAGGAGGCGUUCUUUAGGCAGCUGAAGGAGGAAAACGAGGGCGGCUCCAUGAGCUACGAUCAGCUGCUUGUGCACCUGCACCACGAAGUGAGGAAGUCGAUUACAUAA